UAUUAAUAUAUUUUUGGUUAUAUCUUGUAGAAAUUAAUCAUGGCACCUUCAAAGAAAGCAACAAAGACAAAAUCAGCUCCUAAUACCACUGCCGCCAACCUUUUAAAGGCAUUAAAAAGAAACAAUUCAGUGGAGACGGGAGGGGUAAACAAAAAGGCGAAGAAGAAGCUGGUGCUGCAGCCUUCACCUCAAGAUUCCUCCCCACAGUCUAUAAAGAAAAAGGCAAUUUCUACCAACCUACAACAGGAACUGAAUAAGAAGAGGAAACGGGUGGAAGAACCGGUGGCUAGUAAAGAAGGAAUUAAGCUUUUAAAACGGGGCGCAGUUACGAUGCAUAGGAUUAUUAGGAGAAAGAUGCUGGGAGUCAAAAAAACCGUGAGUUUCAACGCAAAGGGCGAGCCAUACGGUACUGUUGCCACAGAGAUGCAGUCUUACAUUGGGGUUCUUGCGAGAACUAAGGCCCCUAUUUGGUACGAAAAUUGGAAACGAGUUCCAAAAGAAAGAAAAAACAAAAUCUGGGAUUGUGUUCAGAUGGCAUUUGAUGUGCCAUUAACAGCAAGGAGGAUGGUGUUAAAAUCUGCUUGCCAGAAGUGGAGGGAGUUCAAGAGCCGUUUAACAACGGCUUAUAUUCUUCCUUUUCGUGAACAACCUGAGUUGCUUGCACAUCCACCGGCAGACUAUACAUUUAUUGAGAAGGCACAUUGUGACAUUUUUGUUGCUGAUCGUUUAUCUAAAGAUUUUCUAGAAAUACACAAUAAGCAGAAAUCAAGAAGGAGUUUGAAUGUAUAUGGUCACUACAUGUCUCGGAAAGGUUAUGCCAACCUGGAACAAGAAAUUUCUGGUGGUGAUCCAGAAAUUGAGAUAGACCGGUCAAGCACAUGGCUUCGUGCACGGUGCGAUAAAGCUGGAAAUUAUAAGACAGAUAAAAUUAAGACCAUUGCUGAAGAUAUUGUGAAGAUGAAGCAGAAAGUUCAUGAAGGGGAUGUGAUAGAGUUAGGCAUAGAUGAUGUGUUGACCAAAGUUCUUGGGAAUCCUGAGCACCGCGGACGGGUCCGUGGUCAAGGGAGUUAUGUCAAACAAUCUGUCUACUUCAAUCUUCCCAGACAAAAGAGAAAAAGCCGAACAAUUGAAGAGAAGAUACAGGAAGGUAUUCAAAAGUUUAUGAGUGAAGAGACUGAUAGGAUUAUUCGAGAUAGAGAUGCAUUUUGGGCUGCAGAAAUGGCCAAGCUCAAAGAAGCUUUAGUUGGAAAGAAAUUGUGUUUUGAUGGGAGUCCAAAUAUUGGAUCACAACAAGGAAGUUGUUCUAAAGGCGUACUUGAUAAUGUGGAGUUGGAUUUAGCAGCGAGAAAGAAAUUGGAUCUCAAUGAAGAUCUUGGUUCUGCUGAAGGGAAAGAUUCGGAAAAAGAUGAGUUUGGUUUUAAAGAUGAUGUUGAAGGGAAGAAAAAUAUUGAAGAAACAGAUGGUUUUCAAGGGAAGAGAAAUGGUGAACAGAAGGGAGCUGAGGUAGUAGUUGUGGAUGACCCUAUGGACACUGCAUUGAAAAAUGAGUGUCCUUCUCUAUGGGAAUUGUCUAUUGAAACGCCCAACAAUGUUGUUGCACAUGCAACAGUUGACAUGGAUUGUACUAUUCUUCAUGGAAAGCCAAUUGGAAAAGAUAAUGCACGAGUCUCCAUUACUCAUGUAAUUCAAGGAGCUGCUCAGAUCCCGUUUCCAAUUGAAGAUGAGAUCACCACUGUUGAACAAGCUGUUGGGACAUUUAUUGCGUGGCCGAGAAACCACUUACGGGAAGUGAAGGUAACAAGUGAUGAUCUGGUGAAAUCUAGAACUGUGAAGGGAGGCAAGAAAAAUGGCGCAAGGAAAAUGAAGAAGAUGAAUGACUUGGUCUCGGAACCAGAGUAUGCGGUUACCAUGGGCCCUGACUUUCCUGCUGAUUUGAAGAAAUUAUGGCUUUGGGCAAGCGAUUCUUUGAAAGAUGGUCGCUCACACACUUUUCAGUUAUCCGAAGAAGCUUUUGGAUCGAAGGAUAGGAAGCGUUUGUUUCAAUCAGAUAUGAAAGCUUUGUGCUUUGGAGGUGAAAUUUCAGGAGGGGUCAUUUGCAUGUUUAUCAAUGUUCUCCAAGAUAAUUUGAGAAAACACAAAAUAACAGACAUGAUCACUUUUGUUAAUCCGGCCAAGAUUGGCGCCAUUGGUUGUGGUACUCCGGCAGAGAGGUCACGUGCCCUGUCUCUUCGAUUCAAAAAUGCCAAGCCAGGCCAAGUUUUUCUUUUGCCAUAUCACCACACGAACCACUGGGCACUUACUGUGGUUAAUCCAGAUGCACAAAUGGUUUACCAUAUGGACCCGUUAAAGAGACGAAUCGCAAAUGAAGAAUGGACCGAAGUGGUUAACAAUGGCAUCAAAAUUUACAAGGAGGACCUGAAGAGGUUUGUUAAGAAGAAAAUAAAUUGGGAGAAUUUAGCGGGAGUUCCUGCCCAGACUGGGACCACUGAUUGUGGUCUUUUUCUAAUGCAUUAUAUGAAGGAAAUCUGUCUCGACAAGGAACUGAAGUUUGCAACAAAGUGGGCGCGGAGGACCAACAUUGUUUGUGAUACCGAUGACCUCAAUGAAAUGAAGUGUACGUGGGCGAAGUAUUUCAUGAGGCAGCAUGCUAGUUAAGCCGCUUACAUGACUGGUUUAUUUUAGGAUGCACAUAUAUAUAUAUUUUGGGAGUUGUCGUUGACUUAGAUUGUUGUUCUUGUUGCAUGCAAUCAGACUUGUCUCUCUUUUUUGGAUAUGUGCAUCCAAAAAUAUAUUAACAUUGGCCAGUCAGGAGUUGUUUAUUUUCAUGUAAAAAUUUUUUGUUGGAUGGAA